AUGGCCACGAUCCCGGAGCUGGAGGCCGCCUUCCCGCAGCCUCCGCCUUCGCCCCCAGGGUCCGCGGAGGCCCGGGGCGGGCGCUGCGGGCGGCUGCUGGGCCGGGGCGCGCUCGGCGACCCCGGGCAGCGGGCGGGGGGCGCGCCGGGCGGCGGGGAGACCGGAGAGGACGCGGAGCGGCGGCCCGGAGUCAAGGCAGAGAUGCACUUAAGCAGCGGCAGCUUUUCCUCCGAGGAAGAGGACUCGGACAGCCAGGAGAGCAGAGCCCCCGCGGCGGACCCGCUCCUGGCCCAGAAGAGGACCGUCACGCAGAUGAUGCGGGACAAGAAGAAGCAGACGCAGCUCACCCUGCAGUGGCUUGAAGAGAAUUACAUUGUGUGUGAAGGAGUUUGCUUACCGCGGUGCAUCCUUUAUGCACACUAUUUAGAUUUCUGCAGGAAAGAGAAAUUGGAACCAGCCUGUGCAGCCACCUUUGGAAAGACAAUUCGCCAGAAAUUUCCCCUCUUAACGACAAGACGUCUUGGAACAAGAGGCCAUUCAAAGUAUCAUUAUUAUGGGAUUGGCAUCAAAGAAAGCAGUGCAUAUUACCACUCCGUUUAUUCUGGAAAAGGCCUGACAAGGUUUUCUGGAAGCAAGCUUAAGAAUGAGGGUGGCUUCACUCGUAAAUAUUCACUUAGCUCAAAAACUGGAACACUUCUCCCGGAAUUCCCCAGCGCUCAACACCUUGUGUACCAAGGAUGCAUUUCUAAAGAAAAGGUAGAUACCCUCAUAAUGAUGUACAAAACUCACUGCCAAUGCAUCCUGGACAAUGCAAUUAAUGGGAACUUUGAAGAGAUCCAGCAUUUCUUGUUACACUUUUGGCAAGGUAUGCCUGAUCAUCUCCUUCCCCUGCUUGAAAACCCUGUUAUCAUUGACAUUUUCUGUGUUUGCGACUCAAUUCUUUAUAAGGUUCUUACAGAUGUACUCAUUCCUGCAACAAUGCAAGAAAUGCCUGAAAGCUUAUUAGCAGACAUAAGAAAUUUUGCUAAAAAUUGGGAACAGUGGGUUGUUUCAUCCUUGGAAAACUUGCCAGAAGCUCUGACUGACAAGAAAAUACCUAUUGUGCGAAGAUUUGUAUCCUCUUUGAAACGACAAACAUCUUUCUUGCAUCUUGCUCAGAUUGCCAGACCUGCUCUCUUCGACCAGCAUGUCGUGAAUUCUAUGGUGUCGGAUAUUGAAAAGGUUGACUUGAAUAGUAUUGGAUCUCAAGCCCUUCUCACCAUUUCGGGCAGCACAGACACUGACUCUGAUAUCUACACUGAACAUGACUCUAUCACGGUGUUCCAAGAACUGAAAGAUCUCCUUAAGAAGAAUGCCACCGUGGAGGCCUUUAUUGAAUGGUUGGAUACUGUAGUAGAGCAGAGAGUAAUUAAGACCAGCAAGCAAAAUGGAAGAUCAUUAAAGAAGAGGGCCCAAGACUUCCUGCUGAAGUGGAGCUUUUUUGGUGCUCGAGUAAUGCAUAAUCUCACCUUGAACAAUGCAUCCAGUUUUGGCUCUUUCCAUCUGAUCCGCAUGCUUCUUGAUGAGUACAUCCUCCUGGCCAUGGAGACCCAGUUCAAUAAUGACAAAGAGCAGGAGCUACAGAAUUUACUGGACAAGUAUAUGAAAAAUUCAGAUGCAAGUAAAGCCGCCUUCACGGCUUCUCCGAGUUCAUGCUUUCUGGCAAACCGUAACAAGGUGAGUGCUGCUGCCAGUGACGCUGUGAAGAAUGAAAGCCACGUGGAUACAGCCUACCUUCCUCUGUUAUCCAGCCCACCGGGAGGCUUACCCUCUGCUCUGCACCCGUUCUCUGCCGGGAGUGCGGACAGCAUACCGCUCACAGGUCAAAUGGAGCUUUCCCAGAGUUCUGGUCAUCUGAUGACACCACCCACCUCUCCAGCCAUGGCCAGUCGGGGAAGUGUCAUUAACCAAGGUCCAAUGGCGGGGAGACCCCCAAGUGUGGGUCCCGUACUGUCAGCCCCACCACACUGCUCCACGUACCCAGAGCCCAUUUACCCUGCCCUUCCUCAGGCCAACCAUGACUUUUAUGGGACCAGCUCUAACUAUCAGACUGUGUUUAGGGCACAGCCUCACCCCCCGGCAGGACUCUAUCCUCACCGCCCGGAGCAUGGUCGGUGCAUGGCCUGGAGUGACCAACAGCUUUCCAGAGAGUUCUUCAGCGGCAGCUGUGCUGGAUCUCCCUUCAGUUCCCGGCCACCGUCCAGCUACGGCCCAUCCCCGCACAGCCAGGAGGCACACAGCAUGCAGUUUUUAAACACAGGAAGCUACAAUUUCCUGAGCAAUGCAGGGGCUGCCAGCUGUCCAGGAGCAACACUGCCUCCCAAUUCACCUAAUGGUUACUAUGGAAACAAUGUAAACUACCCAGAGUCUCAUAGACUUGGAUCAAUGGUGAAUCAGCACGUUUCUGUCAUCAGUAGUGUCCGCUCACUGCCUUCCUAUAGUGACAUCCACGAUCCUCUUAACAUUUUAGAUGACAGUAGUAGAAAGCAGACGAGCUCAUUUUAUGCAGACACAUCACCUUCAGUUGCAUGUCGAACCCCAGUAGUAGCAUCCAGCUUGCAAACCCCAGUUCCUUCCUCUUCAUCUCAGUGUAUGUAUGGAACCUCCAAUCAGUAUUCCACUCAAGAAGCCCUGGACUCCCACGCAGCAAAUGGGAGAGAAAUGGUGUCCUCUUUGCCACCCAUCAACACUGUGUUCAUGGGGACAGCAGCCGGAGGCACUUAAACCAACAAUGUUGGGUGGGGGUCAAACUCUGAAAAUUCCUACUGCUAAAUAUUAUUCUCUCAGACUUUCAUCAGAGUAAAGACAAUGGAGUAUGCGGUGUCAGGACACGGUUUUUCAAGUCACUAGGACAAAACGGUGGACAGCUCCAUAGUCAAUGGAGAUUCUUGCGGAGUUUGUUUUGCACACCAACUGUUUAAAAUGUGAUCUCAUUAUUAAUCAAAGUUUCAAAUGUUAUCCAAUGGAACCAGUGGAGCUUUAAAGAUGCCAACAUUUCAACCAUGAAGAUUGAAUGUUUCACUCUCUAAUUUAUUGAAAAAUCUGUGUGCUGUUUCACAUUUUUGGUUUCUAAAAAAGAGAAAAGUUUAUUUAAUGCCUUUAAAAAAAACCUUUAAUAUAUUAGGAUCUCAGAUGCAUUGAUUGUUUACUAUCGCUUAUUUGACAAAAAGUCAAAUGUGUAUGUUCUACCUCCUAUGGAAAUGUUUACAAACUUAAGACUUAAUUCAAUCCAGCCUAGACCAAAGUUGCUUAACUUUCAAUUCCUGUGCAUUGGCGUGAUUAUCUCUGUUACAUAGCAGUAUUCCAAUUCUAUGUAACCGAAGAUUAUAAAUGCUUUCCCUCUUUAUUUAAAAAGAUGAGAAAUAAAAAAUAAAAUAUGGAAAAAAUGUUAAAGGUGUGGUUGAUCUCAGGGCUGGGACUGUGAUAUGUCCAGACUCCCUGGAA